CCUGAGGUGUCCUUGGGCCCUGCCCUCCUAGCUCUUUUGCAGAGUGGCUGAAGAGAUUGCUGGAAACAUCAUCUGCCCAGUCUUUAGGACCUCCCUUCGGGGUAUUCUGUAUUUAGGACAUGAGCCAUGGAGACCAGAGGUGACGAGCAGAGAGGGAGUCCUGUGUCUGCAGAUGCAGUCAGACCCUGGACCAGGCACACAGUAUGACCUGUCUGGGACCAGGGCUGCCCUCCUACUGGCUGUGAUUCAAGACCGGCUAGGAGCACGGCAUGGUGUGGUAGCAUUGAGGGACCUUUGCCAGGCCUUGGGCUUCAAGAUCACCCUGAGGACAAACCCUUCAGCUCAGGCCUUCUGGGAGGAACUGGCUCAGUUUCGGGAAACACUAAAUACUCACAAGGGUCUUGUGAGCUGUGCCUUGGUGGCCCUGAUGGCCCAUGGGGGACCACAGGGGCAGCUGCUGGGGGCUGAUGGUGAAGAAGUACAGCUAGAAGUGCUGGUACAGGAGCUGAGCUGCUGCCAGGCACUGCAUGGCCACCCCAAGAUCUUCCUGCUCCAGGCCUGCCGUGGGGGGAACAGGGACUCUGGUGUGGGGCCAAGAGCUCUCCCAUGGCACUGGCGUUGGCUGAGAGCACCCCCAGCCAUGCCAACCCAGGUAGAUGUUCUUCAGAUCCAAGCUGAUGCCCCAGCCCUCCACACUUCCCACUGUCUGGUGCUACCCUUGAACCAGAGAAGACAAGACACUGGGGAGUUCACUCUUUUUAUAGGCAGCCUUAUCUCCUCUCCAGGAACCCCAGGUCAAGCAGACAUCCUUACUGUCUAUGCAGCUGCCGAGGGCUGUGUGGCUUAUCGGGAUGAAAAGGGCUCAGAUUUUGUCCAGACGCUGGUGGAGGUCAUCAGAGCCAACCCUGGAGGAGAUCUCCUUGAGCUGCUGACUGAGGUCAACAGGCCGGUGUGUGAGCUGGACGUCCUGGGGCCAGACAGCGAUGAGCUGCGCAAAGCCUGCCUGGAGAUCCGCAGUUCGCUCAGGCGCCGGCUCUGUUUAUAGGACUAACAACCUCGCUGCUUCCCCUACGUCCCCUCUUCAGACCCUGUUAUGGAUGCAGCAGUUUGGGCGUGGGA